AUGUUGUCCACCAGCGAAGAUGCCGGAUUCUACUCGCACAAUCGCGAUCAUUCCGAAACGGGAGAUUCGGACGGCACGCAGGAUAUCCUUACAUGCGGGUCGUGUCAGAAAACGUUCGCCCUCUCCGACAUCGUGCGAUUCAUCCAGCACAAAGUGCUCCAGUGUAACAAGGAAAACUAUGGCCAGUGUUUCACGCAAGCUGGCGGAACCGAUCGUGACUCGGACUCGGAUGGCCGACGGCUAAUGUUGACCAGCAACACCAGCAGCAGCAUAACGGCGCGACGUGCCUCCAUGCCGAAUGUGUCCUGCCGGGUGAAGCAAAUCACGACCACCGCCACCACGCUCAGCAGCAGUACGACGUUCGAUCGUGUCCACACACCACCCCCAACCAGCCCGGCGGAACUCCUGCGCGACGGUGCGUCCAGCACACCGAAACAACUCGGCGAUGAACCAGAAAACGCAUCCACCCACUGCACGUCGCGAGGAGCCAGUCCGCUCGGUUGCAACCUUCACGACAACAGCCACAAACCGUCCGCCCGAACGGCCGAUAUCAAGCAGGAACGCAUGGACAUCGAUCCGUCGUCGUGUGGCGAGGACGAGUUCGUCAGCCGAAAACCAUCCCAGACCACCCACCGGAACGGUUCACACGAGAGCCGGCUGAAGGGUGGUUCCGAUGCGCCCGAACCCAACAACACCAGCAGCGAGCCGAGCAACUACGUAUGUUCCACGUGCAAAACCAAGUACCAUUCGGCGUGGCGGUUGGUGCAACACGUCCAGCAUGCACACGGUGUGAAGAUUUACGUCGAAUCGUUGGCGAGCACCGGCAACCAGGACGGUGGUGCGGCACCGACCGAAGAAUCCGAUGCACCGGAAUCGGCAGCCGCUUCCGAGGAAGCGAACGGACCGGCAACGACGCGUCCGGAGUCACAGAAGGUGACCGACAUUAGUGACGAGCCGGAACCGAUCUUACCACGCUCGAGAUGUGCAAGCCGCAGCCGAAAUGAAGAUUCCAUCGAGCGGGAACAGGAACAGCCGCAGAAGAUCCGGUCACCAGCGCUCAAAGAAAAGGACACACCGAGCAAUGGGUUGGAGCUGGCGGCCAGCGCCGCAACCGCGAACGGUGUGGACGCUGAGUCCGACGAGGAGAUGGAGGUGCGAACGAAGCGACCGAAGCUGACCACCACAACCAGCAGCAGUUCGAACGGAAGUCACAGUACGGUCAAUCACACGAUGGAGGUAGCUCUGGCACUGACCAGUCCGCAGGCUCUCACCACCACGCCACAAUCACUGCGGCAAUCGAGCACACCUCAACCACCAGCGGCGCCCUUCAACGCGACCACUCCCUCACCAUCCCAUCCCGUGCACCAUUCGCCACCAUCCAGCAGCGUGAUCACGACAGCGCCCUCGCUAACACCGUCGCGCAGCGAAUCGACACAAAGCCUUCCGCCGACGUCACUGCGGGCGCACCACACGCUACUGCCACCGCCCGAGCUGCAUCCAAACCCGUUCGGAUUGCUCCGAAUGCCACCGCACCAUCCGCACAGCCCACUGUUCGGCCGGGCGCACCAUGACUUUCGCAUGGAGCACCUGAUGUCGGAGCAGUUCCGCAGCCACGGGCUUAACCUUGCGGCGGCGGCCGUUGCCGCAGCGAACCAGCUAAAGUCACACAGUCAGCAGUUCAACCCGGCGACGGGUGCGACCGCCUCCGAACGUCCACCAUCGGCUGGAGGUGCCGCCCUAACGCUCACGCCCGGUGGAGGGCUCGAACCGCACAUGGACUACUACUCCCAGCGGCUGCGCCAGCUCGCCGGGACGACGAGCCCGGGUGCGAACCUAACCUCCAACUCCUCCAACUCACCCAGCCCGCGCAAACAGCAACACUCACCGUCCCACUUUGCCAGCCCGUCCCCAUCGCAGCUGCCUCCGACGCCGCUAACGAACAAUUCGCGACCGCAGAGCCUGACGCCGCCGGAGAAACACACCGAGCUGCUCGGCAUGGAUGCGGGCGUCAGCAUCAGCAAUACGCCCCGUUCCGCCUCAACGCCACCGAACAAGCAGUCGAUCCAGUCCGCCUCCGAUAAUGCGCUGUACUCGUGCGAGUUCUGCGGCAAGAAGUUCCGGUUCCAGAGCAACCUGCUGGUGCACCGGCGGACCCACACACGGGAGCUAUCGUUCAAGUGCACCAGCUGCGAGUUCGCGUGUGCGAAGGAUUCGAAGCUGAAGCAGCAUAUGAAGAUGGUGCAUGGGCGGCGGCGUUCGUCGGCGGCCGUCUCGGAACCGGACUCGGGUGCUAGCAAUGUGGACUCGAUCAAGAGCGAUCCGGACGAUACGGACAACGAGCUGAUGGAUGAGCUGGACGCGGAUGGAGACGAUCGUCGGAUGAGUCACGAUGUGGACGACGACAACGGUGAGGACGAUGAGGAUGAUGAGGAUGAGGAGGAUGAGGAUGAGGACGAUGAGGCCGAAGAUCUCAGCAUGAGCAGCACGCAGAGUCAGUCCAAGAAGGACGGUAGCGGUGCAUCGCUGCCAAUGUCCACCUCGCUCGUUGGCGAGCUGAUGGAUAAGUUCGGACUGUCCAACAUCGCCCAGUACUCGGAAGCGUACAAACAGGCACUGCAGGAAUCGGGCAAUGCGCUCAAGCUGCAGCUGACGAGCAAGGAUCGGGACAACAACAACAGCGCCAUGGCCAUCCCCGGGCUGGCGGAAAAGCUGAACGGUUUGCCCACGGCACUGCGCAUCAAGCAGGAGCUGGCGAAGAACAUGCUGCAGCACCACAACGCCCAGCUGCCCCAGGUCCCGCUGUUCAAUCCGUUCGAAAACCCGUUCGACGCCUCGAAGCGCAUGAAGCUCGAGGGAAGCGAUAGUUGGUGGGGCCUUCCCGGGCUGCACCGUGGUGACGCACUGUUCGACGACAUGAAACCGGGCCGGGAUGGUAGCGUUGGGCGUGGAUCCGGCGCCGGUUUGCUGCAGCCGAUGAUGAAGAAGGAGAGCAAACUGCGCAACGACACUUGCGAGUUCUGCGGCAAGGUGUUCAAGAACUGCUCCAACCUGACGGUGCACCGGCGCAGUCACACGGGCGAGAAGCCGUACAAGUGCGAGCUGUGUUCGUACGCCUGCGCCCAAAGCUCGAAGCUGACGCGCCACAUGAAGACGCACGGCCGGCUCGGCAAGGACGUGUACCGGUGCCGGUUCUGCGAGAUGCCCUUCAGUGUGCCCUCCACGCUCGAGAAGCACAUGCGCAAGUGUGUCGUCAACCAGGGUAAGCUGCAGCAGCAGCAACAGCGCGAGCUGCAGCACCUACAGCAGCAGCAGCAGCGGGAACUGCAGCACCAUCAGCAGCUGGCCGCCCAGCAGCAACAGCUGGCCGCCCAGCAGAUGGCGCUCGCCGCCCACCGGGAUCGGGACCAUCAUCGGGAGCGGGACCGGGAACGGGACCGCGACCAUCACCAUCACCAGCAGCAACAGUCGCAGCCACCCGUCUCCAUGCUAGCGGCCGCCGCAGCCGCCUCACCCUCGCACGUUGGGCCACCGCAGCUGCCACCCGGGUUGCUAUUGCCACCGUUGCCGGCCGCCGUCGCAGCAGCAGCCGCCGCCGCAGCUGGCGUCUCGGCGGACGACAGUGCAUCCCGUUCACCGUCCGGUUCGUCGUCUUCUUCAGCCGCCGCCGCAGCAGCAGCAGCAGCCGCCGCAGCCGCCCUCAUCAAGGAGGAGGCGGCAACGGCAUGA